UUCGCGCGUUAUGAUUGGUCGCUUGAGUUGCGACAACGCGCGAUGUGCUUGUUUGUGCCGAGCAGUCGAGGGGAUUUACCGCGUAGUGUGCGAACGUGUCUUUUCGUAUAAUUGAUUGUGCCGAUUGAUUUGUGCAGUAAUAAAGUUCUCAAGAAUAAUAGUGUUUUUGACGUGAUCGAAUCCAAAAUCUGGCUAACUUGGGUUGGAUUCCUGGGUUAUAUUGCCCUCCCGCAAGGACGCUUCCUGCAUAUAUAAUUAACGCCCGGAUAAGCGUAUAUUUCUUAUUAAUUGAUUUUUUUUCUAACAAUUGUUAGAAAAAAAAAUCAAUGACGUCACACACUCAAACUUCUGUUGCUGAGGGAAAUCAGCAUCAGUUACAUGAGAUGAAUACCAGACUGCCAUAGAUUUCGCAAUAAGAAAAACAAAAACUGAUACAGAUAUAUCAGUGCUAGAAACUGGCCGAAACAAAAGGAAAGUAAAAAAGAAGAGCCAAAAUGAUUACACGAGUGACUUCAGCGAUAAUUCCCAAAGUCAUAGAAUGACACCACCUCCGAUGCUGUCUAGCGUAUUUGAUCCUGCAAUCGAACGUAGACGAUCAAGUGAAGUUCUACAGACUGCAAGAAAUCUGCCAGCAAAUAUUGACAACAUUCUUCCAACCGUCAAUAAAAAAAUAAAUGGUAAUAUAGGUGAUAUAGAUUCAAACAAUAACGAUAAUAAAGAAAAUCAGAUAGAUCAAACGGAUGAUAUAGGGGUUUUGAAUCGUAACAAUAAUAUAAACAAUACUGUGGAUCUUGAAACCUGCUCAACAGAGGAUUUAGGUCCGCAAAAUAUUGCUGGAAACGCAUCUCUAACUCCGACAAGAAAUAACUUAUUCGCACAAAACGUAAUCUUUGAAGAUUUUCCAUCAGAUAGCCAGAAUAUAAUCAAGAUUUUAGAGAACACGAUAGAGAUUAAAACGCUAUUAAGACAACAAAAUGAAUUUUUUGAGCAAUUAAAACAAAAAAACGACGAACCAGUAAUAUUUGCAGCAGCAGGUCCAAGAUUUAAUAAUUUUUCGACUAUCCCUACAAAACCAUUUAAAAAGCAUCGAAAAUUGCUGCAGUAUGACACUUCAUUGAAGAAUGAUGAAGAUGGAAAAAAACAACUGGAAACAUUUUUCUAUUUGCUUGGAGGAGACUCACCCCAAGAUCAAAUAAAACAUAGCUUGGAAAAAAUGUUUUCCAAUAAAUUGGCUAUGAAAUGUUCAUGGAAAGGCCAGAAAGGAAACUUUGCUAUAAAUUCACUUCUGCUAAUAGAUAUCAUAAAAAAGGCUGCUCGAAAGCAUUAUCCGAUGUUAACGGAUAGACAUUAUGUAAAUUAUGUUUCCGCCUGGCUUAAAUAUGCCAAAACACGUUAUGAUAGAGAGCAGGCAAAAGCACUUAGAAAUCAGAUCGGAUAAGGAAAUGUACAUGAACUCAUAUGGCGUUCAGCCGACCCUGCAAAUGCAUUAAUAGUGCAAUA